AUGCGGAUCUUUCGAGAAACUCUUUCCAAAGUUGUUCGAAGACUCUUCCAUCGUCAAUAUUUUUCUCGAUAUCUCUUUUUUUUUUCUUUUUUCUUUAUCAUUAUCUAUCUAUCUAUCUAUCUAUCUCAGUCAGUUCUAUCUAUCCAUCUAUCUAUCUAUCUAUCUAUCUAUCCAUCUAUCUAUCCAUCUAUCUAUCUAUCUCAUCUAUUCAUCUAUCUAUCUCAUCCAUCUAUUCCUAUCUAUCUAUCGGUUCAUCCAUAUCUAUCUAUCCAUCUAUCUAUCCAUCCAUCUAUCUAUCUCAGUCAUCAUCCAUCCAUCUAUCCAUCAUAUCUAUCUCAGUCAUUCAUCUAUCUAUCCAUCCAUCUAUCAUCUAUCCAUAUCUACCCCAUCCAUCUAUCUAUCUCAUCUAUCUAUCCAUCUAUCUAUCUAUCUAUCUUGGUUCAUCAUCCAUCUAUCCAUCAUUCAUCCAUCCAUCUAUCUAUCAUCCAUCUAUCUCACCCAUCUAUCCAUAUCUAUCCAUCUAUCUAUCUAUCUAUCUCAGUUCCUCCAUCCAUCCAUGUAUCAUCUAUCAUAUCUAUCUAUAUCUAUCUAUCAUCUCAGUCGGUUCAUCUAUCCAUCUAUCUAUCCAUCUAUCUCAGUUUGUUCAUCUAUCUAUCAUUCAUCCAUCCAUCUAUCUAUCUAUCUAUCUAUCUCAGUCGGUCAUCAUCUAUCUAUUCAUCUAUCUAUCUAUCUAUUUAUCUAUCUCAGUCGGUCAUCUAUCUAUCUAUCUCAGUUUGUUCAUCUAUCUAUCUAUCUAUCUAUCUAUCUCAGUCAGUUCAUCUAUCUAUCUAUCUAUCUAUCUAUCUAUCUAUCUAUCUAUCUCAGUCGGUUCAUCUAUCUAUCUAUCUAUCUAUCUAUCUAUCUAUCUAUCUAUCUAUCUAUCUCAGUCGGUUCCUCUAUCUAUCUAUCUAUCUAUCUAUCUAUCUAUCUAUCUAUCUAUCUAUCUAUCUAUCGUCCUUAAUUAAUUAUUUAUCUAUCUAUCCUGCUCUUUAUCUUUCUCUUUUCUUUCUUUCGAAUUUCAUAUUUUCUUUUUUCUGCUUUCUUCUUUUUCUCGUCUUUUUAUGUGUAAUUCAUGUUAUUCAUACAAUUUGCUUUCUUUCUUUCUUUCUUUCUUUCUUUCUUUCUUUCUUUCUUUCUUUCUUUCAUUCCUUCCUUCCUUCUUUCUUUCUUUCUUUCUUUCUUUCUUUCUUUUUAGCGCUUAAACGUUUUUUUUUUCAUUCGCAUUAUCUUACAUUUCCUUUAUUUAAUCUCAGCCAUGUUCCCAACGUGUUUCUUUUUUAUUCUUCGAAUAUUUAUCCUAAUUUUCCAGAUUCAAGUAUUUAUUUUCUUUUCAUUGGCACUCUACUCUCUCUCCCCACUCUCUCUCUCUUUAUUAUCUAUCUAUCUAUCUAUCUAUCUAUGGGUUUUAUUUUUAUUUGGCUACUGUAUUUUCCUGCCUUUAAUAUGUUCAUUCAUGUUUCAUUUCUAUCUUUAUGUUCAUAUAUUUCUUUCUUUUCUCUUUCUUUAUUUUCUCUUUCUUUCUUUUCAUUUUCUUUCUUUUUUCUUUCUUUUUAUACAUUUUUUUAUGAUUUUAUUUUAUUUUUUUGGUUUCUGUUUAUUUCCUGUUUUUUCAUAUUCCUUUCUUUUAUUUAUUCAUUUAUUUUCACUGUUUAUAUUAUAUUUCUUUUUUUGUGUUUUCUUUUUGUCUUUCUCUCUUUAUUUUCUUUAACUAUGGCUUUUCCUUGUUUAUUUUCUUCAAGUACUGCUUUUUUUCGCAUCAAAUGUUAUUUCAUUUUGUUUCGCUUUUGUUUCUUCCCUGUUUUUAUUAUGUACCCUUUCUUUCUUUCUUUCUUUCUUUCUUUCUUUCUUUCUUUAGAAAAGAAAAAUAAAGAAAGAAAGUUUCUUUCUUUCUUUAUUUAUUUUUCUUUUCUGCUCUCUCAUUUUCUUUCUUUUCUUUCUUUUUUCACAUUUACUCGUUUUUAUUUUUCAUUCUUACUUUCAGUAUUGUGUAUCAUGUUUUUAUUUCAUUCGUUUUGUUUAUUUUUCUCUGUCUUUUUCUUCCUUGUUAAACCUCCUCUUUUUUCAUCUCCUGUCAUUAUUAUCAUUAUUUUUAUCUACUUUCUUCCUAAUGCAUUUUAUGGACCUGUUAUAUAA